CUGUAAUUCCAGCACUGUGGGAGACUGAGGAGGGAGAAUUGCCUGAGCAAGAAUGAGACCCCCCAAUUCAUAAAAAAUGAAAAAAAUAAACCCAGCCAGGCGCCAUGGGGACAAUUCAUCUCUUUCGAAAACCACAGAGAUCCUUUUUUGGCAAGUUACUACAGGAAUUUAGACUUGUAGCAGCUGACCGAAGGUCCUGGAAGAUACUGCUCUUUGGUGCAAUAAACUUGGCAUGUACUGGCUUCCUGCUUAUGUGGUGCAGUUCUACUAAUAGUAUAGCUUUAACUGCUUAUACUUACCUGACCAUAUUUGAUCUUUUUAGUUUAAUGACAUGUUUAAUAAGUUACUGGGUGACGAUGAGGAAACCUAGCCCUAUCUAUUCAUUUGGGUUUGAAAGAUUAGAAGUCCUCGCUGUAUUUGCCUCCACAGUCUUGGCACAGUUAGGAGCUCUUUUUAUAUUAAAAGAAAGUGCAGAACGCUUUUUGGAGCAGCCCGAGAUACACACGGGAAGAUUAUUAGUUGGUACUUUUGUGGCUCUUUCUUUCAACCUAUUCACAAUGCUUUCCAUUCGGAAUAAACCUUUUGCUUAUGUUUCUGAAGCUGCUAGUACGAGCUGGCUUCAAGAGCAUGUUGCAGACCUUAGUCGAAGCUUAUGUGGAAUUAUUCCAGGACUUAGCAGUAUCUUCCUUCCCCGAAUGAAUCCAUUUGUUUUGAUUGAUCUUGCUGGAGCAUUUGCUCUUUGUAUUACAUAUAUGCUAAUUGAAAUUAACAAUUAUUUUGCUGUAGAUACUGCCUCUGCCAUAGCCAUUGCCCUGAUGACAUUUGGCACUAUGUACCCCAUGAGUGUGUAUAGUGGGAAAGUAUUACUACAGACAACACCACCUCAUGUUAUUGGUCAGCUGGACAAACUUAUCAGAGAGGUAUCUACCUUGGAUGGAGUUUUAGAAGUCCGAAAUGAACACUUUUGGACCCUAGGUUUUGGUUCAUUGGCUGGAUCAGUGCAUGUAAGAAUUCGACGAGAUGCCAAUGAACAAAUGGUCCUUGCACAUGUGACCAACAGGCUGUACACACUAGUGUCUACUCUGACUGUUCAGAUUUUCAAGGAUGAUUGGAUUAGACCUGCCUUACUGUCUGGGCCUGUCGCAGCCAAUGUCCUAAACUUUUCAGAUCAUCACAUAAUCCCAAUGCCUCUUUUAAAGGGUACUGAGGAUUUGAACCCUGUUACAUCAACUCCAACUAAACCGAGUAGUCCACCUCCAGAAUUUUCUUUCAACACCCCUGGAAAAAAUGUGAACCCAGUUACUCUUCUAAAUGCACAGACAAGGCCUUAUGGUUUGGGUCUAAAUCAUGGACACACACCUUAUAGCAACAUGCUUAAUCAAGUACUUGGAGUUCCAGGAAUUGGAGCAAGCCAAGGAUUCAGAACUGGUUUUACAAAUAUACCAAGUAGAUAUGGAACUAACAGCAGAAUUGGACAAUCAAGACCAUGAUGGACGCUAACUUAUUUCUGUGAGGAAUAUUGACUCCUUGGCUUCCACUUUAUUUAGCAGUCCUACUUUGCAUUGACUGUUCAAUCAUUUACUAUAAAUGUUAGCGAAUUGUAGGCUUGUUCACAUUUCAUGAAACCUAUGAAACUAUAUUUUUGUAAAAUAUAUUUGUGGUCAUGAGAUUCCUGUAAAUGUUGUAGGCUUUAAAUAGGCUUUUUUUAGAAAAUGUGUUUCUCUGAAUUUGGAUUUUGCUGUCUUUGAUUUUGUAGUUGACUUCAGUGUGAUGUGACCGUACCUUUAUAACAGAGCCAUUUGAUAGAGUGGAUCUGUCAUGUGACUAAGACUAUAAUUUUUUUUUUCAGUCAAAUUUAUAAACAUGCUCUUGGGUAAUAAACAUUUUAGGAAAGUAAAAAAAUGUCCAUUCAAAAAUUAAGUCUCUUUUUUAUAGCUUUUCCAAACUUAAUUGCUACAUUUUUUCUUUGAGGUUUUCCUGAAAUUAUAUCUUGCAAAUUAAAAGCAAAAGUUUUUAUUAGGAAUUUUGGAACACAUUCUAUCUAGCACAAUUUAAAUUUUUUAAUUAUCGGGAUUUUUGUUGGAAGUUUUUCUCAUUUAAAAAUUUCAAUACAUUUGUAAAUA